AUGCAAUAUGAGUUUAUUUAUUCGUCACCGAAUGCCUUUUUCAAUAGUGCUCAACGAAAUUUCAGUUCUUUUUUUACUGACCUGCGUAAUGUAUAUUUAUUCACCUUGCAUAAAACUGUGACUAAAAUGUUUAGCCUUAUUAAGCUAAUGUUUAUUUUAUUAAAUGGGUCAUUUACACUAUCUUCAUAUCAUUUAAAAGACAUAACUUUGGAAAAAGUCAAGGAUGAAAACAUUCGAUAUCCUGUCAUAUUAGUGCAUGGAAUAGGUGGAACACAAGCAAUUUGUCGACCAACCAACCAGCAAUCGCAAACAAAACCAUUCACGAUUUGGGCUAAAUUGUUCUACUUUUUUCUUCCGGAAAAAUUGUUAUCUUACUUGGGAUUAAUUUAUGAUCCGAAAACAAAACAGGCCAGAGAUAGAGGUCUGUGUAAUGUUGAGUUUCCUGGCUGGGGUGAUACAUGGGCUAGUGAAUACUUAUCCGAAGAAAAAUAUCUACUCACAAGUUACAUGAAAGCUCUUGUGGAAAGUUUGACAGAAGACCGUUUUUUCAUACGAAAUAAAACGUUACGAGCCGCACCGUAUGAUUUUCGCAAAGCGCCAAAUGAAAACGCUGCAUAUUUUAUCAAGUUGAAACACCUGGUUGAAGAGACCUAUGAAAAUGGCGGAAAACGCCCAAUUUACUUAUUAGGCCACAGUUUAGGGGCAUUGUACUCAAUGCAUUUUUUAAAACAGCAAGAUAAAAGAUGGAAAUACAAAUUUAUCAAGGGAUUCAUUUCUGUAUCAGCUCCUUUCGGUGGGUCUGUCGAAAGUUUAUAUGCUGAAACUUGUGGUCAUAACUUUGGAAUUCCAUUUCGUUCUCCAUUAGCGUUUCGUGAUAUUGAACGAUCAUUUCCUGCUAUGGCAUUUCUUCUUCCAGAUAAACGCAUAUGGUCAGCAAAUGAGAAAUUAAUUAUUACUCCAAGAAAAAAUUAUUCAGCACAUGAUAUGAAAGUAUUUUUUAAAGAUAUUUCUUUUCCUUUAGGUUAUUCAAUGAUGGAAGAAACUAAACGUGCAUUUGAUCCGUUCGAAAGGCCUACAGAUACUGAAGUUUACUGUGUUUAUAGUUAUAAUGUGCCAACAAUAUCACAGAUGAUUUUCAAACCUCCAGGACCAUAUCGUUCUGCUUUUCCUAACCAAAUACCGAGAUUAAAAUAUGGCGACGGUGAUGGUGUUGUAUCGUUACAAAGUUUAUCUGUCUGUAAUAAAUGGGACCAUGUUAACCUAGUUAUCUUGGAUCAAAGUCAACAUGAAGAUAUUGUGCAAGACGAUCGUUUUAUUCAGUACCUAAAGAAGUUAAUUAUCAUUGAUUGA